AUGGAAGCUCAAACCAUAUUUCUCUAUCUUUUACUCUUCUUUCUAUCUCUACACUUCGUGUUUACAACUCUAAAACCAUGGCUGAGCCCCGCGAAAACUCGGUGUCUCAUCCGUCUCCUCCACCUCCCCAUCAAAUCUCCGGUGGCCGCAACUGUUUUUGCCAGGAAAGAUGUCGGUGAGUUUCUUGAUUCAUCAAUCCAACCGGAAAACAAAGAAGAAGACUGUUUCGGUUUUGAUUUCGAUUUCAGAACGUACAUGAUCAGCAAAGCAGAGUCAAUAAAAAGAGCAUUAGAUGAAGCCAUUCCAUUAAUCGAACCACUCAACAUCCAUAACGCAAUGCGUUACGCAGUUCUCGCAGGCGGAAAACGCGUCAGGCCAAUACUCUGCCUGGCCGCUUGCGAGCUAGGUGGCGGGGAAGAACGUUUAGCGAUUCAAGCGGCUUGUGCGGUUGAGAUGAUUCACACAAUGUCACUCAUCAAAGACGAUCUUCCUUGUAUGGACAAUGACGAUCUCCGACGAGGUAAACCAACUACACACAAAGUUUUCGGAGAAAGCGUGGCCAUCCUCUCCGGCGGCGCACUUUUAGCCCUAGCUUUCGAGCAUUUGACCGAAGCUGACGUGUCAUCCAAGAAAAUGGUUAGGGCCGUUAAAGAAUUGGCUAAGUCUAUCGGAACGAAAGGACUCGUGGCGGGACAAGCUAAGGAUUUGAGCAGUGAAGGGUUGGAUCAAAACGAAGUUGGCUUAGAGGAUCUUGAGUUUAUUCACGUUCAUAAAACCGGUUCGUUGCUGGAAGCAUCGGCGGUUAUCGGAGCGGUUAUUGGUGGUGGCUCAUAGGAAGAGAUAGAGGGAGUGAGAAGCUUUGCGAGGUGUAUUGGAUUGUUGUUUCAGGUGGUUGAUGAUAUUUUGGAUGAGACUAAGUCGUUGGAGGAAUUAGGGAUAACCGCCGGAAAAGAUCAGAUCGUCGGUAAGCUGACGUAUCCGAAAGUGAUUGGUCUAGAGAAAUCGAAGGAGUUUGUGAAUAAGUUGAAGAGAGAUGCGAGAGAACAUCUUCAAGGGUUUGAUUCGGACAAAGUGAAACCUUUGAUUGCUCUUACCAACUUCAUUGCCAACAGAAACAACUGA